AUGCUAACUUUGCCAUUUUUGACUGGGAAGAUUGCAAGGCAACAACGCGAGCAAAAUGGCCCUGCCGUUUGCUUCUCGAUCACAACUUGUACAAAUGGAGGCUUGCACAAUAUUAUACCAACAUCGAAAGCGCUGUUCUAUUACUAUCGAAAAGUUGUUGUGGAACAAGCGAGCAAACUCGAAAAAGCUCGUGCUGCAUCUUUGGCGGACAGCAGAAUGGUAGAUAGUCAUUUGCAUGACGGCCUUCUCUUCGUGCCAAUUAUACCUCGCUUUCUCAUGCACAUACUCAAUCCUUUCUAG